ACCGGGCACCGAGGUGGGCAGGUGCGGGCCUGUGCGGGCCGCAGAGGAGCCCGCGGUUCCCAGCCGUGCCUAGCCGUCGGGAGAGCUCCUGUGCUGCGGUGGCGAGAACUCCUGUGCACCUGUUCCUGAGCACCGACUGAGGCCAGAGCAUGGCCCUCCACCCUCGAAGAGUCCGGCUGAAGCCCUGGCUGGUGGCCCAGGUGGACAGUGGCCUCUACCCUGGUCUCAUCUGGCUACAUAGAGAUUCCAAACGCUUCCAGAUCCCCUGGAAACAUGCCACGCGGCACAGCCCCCAACAAGAGGAAGAAAACACCAUUUUUAAGGCUUGGGCUGUGGAGACUGGAAAGUACCAGGAAGGGGUGGACGAUCCUGACCCAGCUAAAUGGAAGGCUCAGCUCCGAUGUGCUCUCAACAAAAGCCGGGAAUUCAACUUGAUGUAUGACGGCACCAAGGAAGUGCCCAUGAAUCCUGUGAAGAUCUAUCAAGUGUGUGACAUCCCCCAGCCCCAGGGCUCUGUCAUUAACCCAGGAUCCACAGGGUCUGCUCCUUGGGAUGAGAAAGAUAAUGAUGUGGAUGAAGAUGACGAGGAAGAUGAACUUGAACAGUCACAGCACCACGUCCCGAUCCAGGACACCUUCCCCUUCCUGAACAUCAAUGGUUCUCCCAUGGCACCAGCCAGCGUGGGCAACUGCAGUGUGGGAAACUGCAGCCCUGAAUCAGUGUGGCCCAAAACAGAACCUCUGGAAAUGGAAGUACCGCAGGCACCCAUUCAGCCCUUCUAUAGUUCUCCAGAGCUGUGGAUCAGCUCCCUCCCCAUGACUGACUUGGACAUCAAGUUUCAGUAUCGUGGGAAGGAGUAUGGGCAAACCAUGACGGUGAGCAACCCCCAGGGCUGCCGGCUCUUCUAUGGGGACCUGGGCCCCAUGCCUGACCAGGAGGAGCUCUUUGGUCCUGUCAGCCUGGAGCAGGUCAAGUUCCCGGGGCCAGAGCAUAUCACCAAUGAGAAGCAGAAGCUGUUCACCAGUAAGCUGUUGGAUGUCAUGGACAGGGGACUGAUCCUGGAGGUCAGCGGACAUGCCAUUUAUGCCAUCCGGCUGUGCCAGUGCAAAGUGUACUGGUCGGGGCCGUGUGCCCCCUCACUUGCUGCUCCUAACCUGAUUGAGAGGCAGAAGAAGGUCAAGUUGUUUUGUCUGGAAACAUUCCUGAGUGAGCUCAUUGCCCAUCAGAAAGGGCAGAUAGAGAAGCAGCCACCUUUCGAGAUUUACUUAUGCUUCGGGGAAGAAUGGCCAGAUGGAAAGCCCCUGGAGAGGAAGCUCAUCUUGGUCCAGGUCAUUCCAGUGGUGGCUCGCAUGAUCUAUGAGAUGUUUUCUGGUGAUUUCACCCGGUCCUUUGACAGUGGCAGUGUUCGCCUGCAGAUUUCCACUCCAGACAUCAAAGAUAACAUCGUCGCUCAGCUCAAGCAGCUGUACCGCAUCCUUCAAACCCAGGAGAGCUGGCAGCCCAUGCAGCCUGCCCCCAGCAUGCAGCUGCCGCCUGCCCUGCCUGCCCAGUGACCCAGACUCCUGUGCAUGUCCUCUUCUCUCCUCUCUCUUGUUUUUUUAUAUUGUAUAUAAGGAUUUUUUAAAAAUUCAGAUUUAGUCAACUUUUAAUCUCCUUUCUAUAACAUCAUUAGAAGUCUGAGGCUUUCCAAAUAUGCCUAGUUUUAUAAGUUCCUCUAACUUAUCAAGAUAUCAUCCUCUGAGGGGGUUCCUUUUAGAUCUUCCAUGGUUGGUGUAGGAGAAAUUUGAUUUGGAAGUUUAGACACGAGGACUCUAGCUGUUUCCAUCUGACUUUAGAUAGAUCAUUUAACUGGAGGGGGUCAGAUGCAUCACUCAUAAAUAAAAAAAAGGUUUGGAAUGAUGCCCAAAAUUGUAUUCAGCCUUAAAACUCAACUAUUUUCCUAUACUUGUAUAAGACAUAACUGCCUGGAACAGGACUCUUCUGCAUUGUUCUUAGACCACUUUUUCCCCCUUCUUUCAUCCAAGUUCCUUGAGCACUGAUCUGAUCUGAACUGAGUUCUGUUUGACCUGUUCUGCUAGUAGUCAGCUGGCUCCCUGCUGGGGGAAGUGAGAGAGGAGCUGAUUGGUUGCCUAGCAACCAGUCUUGAUAUCUAAAUAGAGAUGGUGCCAAGGUCUGAAAGUCACCCAACCUGUGUGUGGAGUAAAAGCUCAUAAAGUGAAUGUCGAAGGGGAAGCUGGUGACACGGAAGGCUGAAGGAUUCCAUGAGAGAAUGGUUGCCAGCGGAGGGGUUCCAUGGGAGCAUCGUCAUCAGCCAUGUACCUCAUCACCACUCACGCCACCUAGUAUUUGGGUUUUGAUGAGCAGCUGUGACUCCAUGUGUCUCACGGCAAACACUCUUCUCUUCCUCAUUUUUUUCUCAAAGACGAAUCUGGAGGGAGUCAGGCAUCUAGGAUAUGCUCUGACAACAAAAUGGAUGGUUUUUGGGCAGAGACUUCCAGGGGUCUUCCUGACAUUUGGAUUUUUCCAUUUGUGAAAAAUUAGGUGUUGCGUAUGUUAAAGGUCUGGACGGUGCUCUUCCAGGAAAGGCUCAAACUUGCUUAGAUCACUAGCUGUGAGCAACGGAGACAGUGAAGAACAGUGCAGCUAUGUCUUACAGAGUGUCGGCCCCAGUCCCUUCUCAGAAUUUGAGUUCCAAGACUUGGAUGAAAAGCAAAAUUCGUCUCUCUGGUUAUAGCCCCCAAUCCUCUUGAGUACUGGUAUCUAUUUGUUUUAUGUCACAGGGACCAUGCCCCCCUGUACGGUCUGCUGCCCUUACACUAAGGGUAGCAUCUUCUGCUUUUCAAGCCACCGAAAGUUGGGAUGCAUUUGAAGUCUAAAAGCUCAACCUAAUCUUGGGUGACAGUGAGACUUACUUAGGAUGCUUAAGCUUUGGUUUGAAGUUCUCUUAGAGAUUGUUAAAAGGAAGACCAAGAGACAUCUGAGUGAGUUAAGACAGGCAGGUGUCUGUGUGAAUAAGAGCAAAGUACAAUUGUAUACCCAUAGCCAUAGUAUGAAAAUGUCAGAGUAAUUAUAAAUGUUUGAAGAGAAGUUUAGGUAAAAGUUUAAAAGCUGGACUUUUAUAGACCAGGAAACAUGCAAGGCCUACGGACUUUAUUCUUUUUUUUUGGAGGAAUGAGUAGCGUCAUUUGGUGAGAUGAAGUGAGGGAGUCUUGGUAUGGGGAUGCUUCAUCUGGAAGUUCAAAGUUAAAAAUAAUCCAUUAUAGAGAAAGUGGAAGGGCAGCUGUGGAAUAGGGGACAUCUCCUUCCCCUUCUGUGAAAUGUCAGCAGGCUAUGAGGAACAGCCAGACAACAGGACCUGGUAAAGAAAAUUGAAAAUUAGAACUAAGGGCUAUGUAUUGAGUUUUUAGUGUGUGACUGGAAUGAAAAGUUGACAAAUCUGUCGGGAUGAUGAAUGAUUUUGUGUGCUCCUAACUAGACAGUCCAGUUCCUUCCUUGUUUUGCAUCGUUUUCGGAAUGCUGGGACCACACACUGCAUGCAGGGUCUUCUCUAGUCAUCUUCAGCAAUCUCUCUCUGGUUUUGGUGGAUACCAGGUCCCUUCCUUUUUAGGAGCGAUAAGUUUUCUGAUGUUCCCAUUCACUCCCCAGCUGUCUUCUUCUUCCUUGCCUUCAUCUGAAGACUCAGAAGGGAGGAGGAUUUCCCCAGUUUCCUCCUUUUUCUUACAGUGCACUCCAGAUAAACGCCAAUGUUAAAAGAACCACUACAGAUAAACCGGGAAGGCAGAUUUGAAUCUGGUCUCCUCUCCACAAUGAAGUCCUUGGUUGUAUGUUCCUGUAGCACCUUAAACUUUCAGAAUAACUGUGUCAUUUGAAAAGGGCUCCGCAUCUAUGUCCUGCUUGACCGACUGCAAACUUGGAAAGUGGAAACUGUUUGUCUUAGAUUUACUGCCAGGUCUUUUCUGAUACAGUGUGUUCUGAGAUAUUUGUGCUGUAAUAAAUGAACUAAGCCUUUUGUUUGGAGAUUUAUUGCUAACUACCAUGGGAAUG